AUGACUGGCCAGGAGGUCAGGGAUUCCCUUAUAAGGCUGACAGGUAAGCUCAUUUAUGAUAGCUUUGCUCAGUUCCUGGUCAAGGAGAAAGGAUAUGACAAGGAAUUGCUCACUGUGACUCCAGAGGACUGGGACUUCUGUUGCAAGGGCUUGGCCUUGGAUCUGGAAGAUGGAAACUUCAUUAAACUUGCAGAUAAUGGCACCGUCCUCAGGGCUAGCCACGGCACCAGGAUGCUGGCCCCCGAGGAGCUGGCCAAGGAGUACGGCGGGAGGGAGUGGAAGUACUUCAUGUCUGACACUGGGAUGGCUUUCCGAUCAGGAAAGUAUUAUUUUUAUGAUAACUACUUUGACCUGCCAGGAGCUCUUCUGUGUGCCAGAGUGGUGGACUCUUUAACAAAGCAGAACAAUGGUCAGAAAACAUUUGAUUUUUGGAAGGAUAUAGUUGCUGGUAUUCAACACAAUUAUAAGAUGUCAGCUUUUAGGGAAAACUGUGGGAUAUAUUUUCCAGAAAUAAAAAGAGAUCCAGGCAAGUAUUUACACAGUUGUCCUGAAUCUGUAAAAAAAUGGCUUCAACAGCUGAAGAAUGCUGGGAAAAUUCUUGUAUUAAUCACCAGUUCUCACAGUGAUUACUGUAGACUUCUCUGCAACCAUAUCCUGGGGAAUGAUUUUGCAGAUCUUUUUGACAUUGUGAUUACAAAUGCAUUGAAGCCUGGUUUCUUCUCCCAUUUACCAAGUCAAAGACCUUUCCGGACACUUGAGAAUGACGAGGAGCAGGAAGCCCUGCCGUGUCUGGAGAAACCUGGCUGGUACUCCCAGGGGAACGCUGUGCACCUUUAUGACCUGCUGAAGAAAAUGACUGGCAAACCUGAGCCCCAGGUUGUGUACUUUGGUGACAGCAUGCAUUCAGAUAUUUUCCCAGCCCGUCAUUAUAGCAACUGGGAGACAGUCCUCAUCCUGGAAGAGCUCAAAGGGGACAGAGACUGGAAGCCUGAGGACUCAGAGCCCCUAGAGAAGAAAGGAAAAUAUGAGGGACAGAAGGGAAAGCCUCUAUAUUCAUUAUCUAAAAAAUGGGGCUCUUUUUUUACUGAUUCCAUUUCGGGACUGGAAAAUACAGAAGACUCUUUGGUUUCUACGUGGUCCUGUAAGAGAAUCAGUACUUACAGCACUAUUGCAAUUCCAAGUAUUGAAGCUAUAGCAGAAUUACCCCUGGACUACAAAUUUACAAGAUUCUCUUCAAACAAUUCAAAAACAGCUGGCUACUAUCCAAACCCUCCAUUGGCCUUAUCAAGUUUUGAAACAUUGACAAACAAAUAACUUAUCUUUACUGAAAUAUGAAGUGAAGAACCAUAUAUGCAGCAAAUGUACUAUAAAACAAAUACUGUAAAAUGCUUUAUAGGAACAGAUUCUUAAUGAAAAUUGAUCAAGAAAUUGAUGUUUUUCCAUAGUUCCUCUUUCUACAGAUGUCCAACAACUCUCAUUAUAUCAAAAUCUCAGUGUCUUUGAACUGAAAAGAACUUUAGUAACAUUUUGUAUACCAAUAGUCCUGAGAUUAGAAUUCACCUGGGGACACACAUACACACACAUAUUUACACCUAAGCCUAAGCCUGCAAAUUUGCAGGCCCCACCCCAGACCUACAGAAUUAGAACUCCGGAGGUGGACCCAGCAAUCUGUGUUUCAUAAUAUUGUGAUUCACACUCAGGUUUGAGACCCACUGGCUGGGCCUUAACCUCCAGAGAUUGGUUUGUUUAGUCUGGGUAUGUAGAUGGACAUGGACAUCUUUUAGAUGCCCCAGGAAAAGGCGGCCAGGAUUGGGACAACUGACCUACACCUCCUUCAGUUUACCCAAGGACACUGAGUCUCGUAAGAUUAAUGGUUUUUCCCAGCUACUAGGUUUUAUGCUGUUCUUUUGUUUUCCAAAGCUAGGAAUAGAGACAUGAUUUCUUCUAAUAACAUGCAGCCAGGAUGGGACAGAGAUGAUACCAGAAACCAACUAUUUCAACCUCCAAUGUUAUCUAUUAGGGUUCACCCUUUUCCCCCCAAUAAUGUUAAAGGCUGUCUAAUUCAUUUUCGUUCACUUUAAAACAUGUAUUCUCAAAAGGAAAAGAAAUUGGUUCUUAGGGUGAAAAAAAUAAGAUAAUGCAAAUGGAAUAUAGCCCUCCAAAGCUAAGCAUUACCCACUAAAAUCUUAUUCCUUAGUAUUUUUAUCAUUAAGGAGGAACAUAACUUAAAGUUAAAUUUAUUAAUUAAACUUAAUUUGAGUUUAAUUUUUUCCUUGGGAGAGGGGGGUGAUAAUGGGAAAAAAAAAAAAAGGUCGAAAAAAGCUGCUUCAAGAGGGUGUAUGGUUAUAUGACAAUCCCACAUUAUUGUGUUCUAUGUGCUGUGCAUAGUCAUAUUAGUAGCCAUUUGUUACAAGAUGUUUGGAGCCAGAUAAUGUUUACAGUAUAAAUCCUGGCUGCUCUUUAUGUUGUAAUUUCACUCUCUCCACCAUGAGCAGUAACAGAAAACACUCGUCACCAUCAUUAUUUUACUUGGACUAUAGUAGAGAAUUUAGCAUAUUAAUGCAUACAAUGGAAAGAUAUUUAAAAUAUUUUAAAUGCUCAAAAAUAAUCCCAAAUAUAUUGUGGGCAUGAAUAUCUCAGGGUAGGUAAACAGUUACUGAAAUUAUUUCUUCAAAGUCAGUAACUUUCUUUGAUAUCUCCUAGUAAGAAUAAUGUGUUGGAAGUUGAUUUUCAAAAUCUCAUUGGACUAUAAUAAUGAGCAUACACAAUCAAGCUUAAGGCUGAAUGAUAAAUACUGUCUCAUGUAUACUUUCAAUACACAUUUGAUUUCUUUUAAAAAAUAAAGCUAUUUUUCCUUA